AUGACUGCGAAUGUGCGGUGGGUGAUGGGAAAACAUCCGAAGGCGCUGAGCAAUGGAGUGUCGUUUGGAAUGCCCUGGCCGCGGGGCGCCUAUUUCCCCGGUCAACAUUUUGAUCUCAAAGGCCACGACAAAACUUACCCGGUUGACUCCCGUGAAAUCGCCUACUGGGCAGAUGGGAGCUUGAAAUGGACUGUCCAUUCCAUCAGCAGUCAUGUUGAGUACGAAGACGAAUAUGUGUUGGAAGGCUCGAAACGAACCCAAAAUACCCCCGAAGGGGUGUGGGUUGAGCGAAGAGAAGAAAGAAUUGUUGUGAGAUCCCGUCACAGCCUGGAGCUUUGUUUCCAAACGGGAAGUAAAUCGGUUUUGGACAGUAUGAGAUUGCACAAGGGGGUGAUUUGCACUGGUGCAACUGUGGUGGCAUCCAUCGAUGGACUCGCAUACCAAACAAAUGUCACAUCAGUGGAAGUUGAGAAUCAAACCUCACACAGAGUUGUCAUCAAAGUUUCUGGAGUGACGGUGACUGACAACUCGCGUUCUGAUUCACAUCUCCCAUUCGACCUGCGCUUCUAUGUUUACUCAGACUCACCUUCGGUCAAAUUGGUACAUUCUUUCAUUCACGACUUGAAUGCGGAUCAACCGCUGACAUCACUCGGUCUUCGGUUUUCGAUCCCACUGUCACGAUCGAAAUUUUACAACCGCCAUGUCAGGGUUGGAGGAUCAAAUGGAGGAAGCUGGAAAGAGGAGGUUCAGGGCCUCUCCGGUCUGCGACAUGGCCCAACAGACCAGACACGAGCUAACCAAGCCUGUGGCAGACCUGUUAUUCUACGUGGGGAUGAAUGGAAUGGGAAUGAUCUCAAUCGGGAUCUUUCGUACGUUCCAUCUUGGGCAGACUACUCACUUGCCCAACUUUCCUCCGACGGGUUCACACUCAAAAAGAGAACGAAGCCCGGCUGCUCGUGGGUGAAAACAAUCGGGGGUGGCCGUGCAGAUGGAACAGCUUACGUGGGCUCUGCAGAGUACGGCGGAUUAGCAGUUGGGAUGUUGGACUUUUGGGAACGCUAUCCUACGCAAAUCGAUCUCAGUGACCUUGACUCUCACAACGGAGUAAUAACGCAGUGGAUUUACUCGCCGCUAGCUGAGCCGUUGGACACAUCGCCAUACCACGAUGGCUUAUCUUUAAACUCCUAUUCCGAUCAGCUGGGGGCAUUGAAUAUAACCUACGAAGAUUAUGAGCCCGGAUUCGCGACUGCCAAUGGAAUCGGACGAACGAAUGUAUUUUUUUUGAAGGCCUACGAGUCCACACCUUCAGCCGAGGAAUUUAGUCUCUUCUCUUCUUUCGUGCGCGACCCACCACGCCUCCUACCCAUACCAACGGAUAUGCACAACGCUGGGGUGUUUCAUGGUUACUGGGCACCUGAAUUCCAUGCCAUUGGGAAUAAAGUAACACAGAAAGAGCUGGAUAUAGAGAGGAGGCUGGAAUUUCUGUUUAACUUCUAUCACAAACAAAUCGAACAGAAUCGAUGGUACGGGUUCUGGGAUCAUGGAGACUUCCAACACAGCUACGACCCCUUUCGACACGCAUGGAGAUAUGACGUGGGCGGCUUUGCAUGGGAUAACUCAGAGCUGUCUACAGAUUUGUGGCUUUGGAAAUACUUUCUCCAUACUGGGAGAUCCGAUGUGUUCAAGGUGGCAGAGGCGAUGACCAGGCACACUGGUGAAGUCGAUGUUUACCAUGCUGGAAAAUUCAAAGGCUUUGGGACGAGACAUGGCGUGCAACACUUCAGCGAUAGUUCGAAACAGCUUCGCAUUUCCAACGUUCUCUAUCGUUGGUUUUACUUUUUUCUCACUGGGGAUGAGCGUACUGGCGACCUCAUCACCCAGCAGCGAGACGUUCAAAACUCUCUUCUCACUCUGGACUCACACCGGAAGGUACAGGCACAUGGGGAAAUCCCGGAUGGAUUCGCUAUGGCCAAUAUUGGGUUAGACUGUGGCUCACUGGCUGCCACUUGGUUGACAAACUGGGAGAGAAGAACAAACGGAUGGGCCCAUUCAGAGCAGCUUUUGGUGAAGCUUCUUGAGGGGAUAUCUGACCUUGAACACGGAAUUGCUACGAAUGCGAUUCUUCUAAAUCCAUCCAAUGGUGAAAUCCGACCAUGCCCACCACCAACGCCUCAAUAUGCCAUCUCCCAUUUAUCCAUGUUGUUCGGCUUUCCGGAAAUCAUUGCUGAGCUACUCGACUACAUACGGGAGAAGUACCCCUUGACGAUCCAGCGUUUUAUAGAAGUAUGGAUACCAUAUUGUCGUGCAUACAACGGCGGCCAUGAAAUCCAGCAGCAGGAGUAUGGGUUCGUCUUUCCACCGCGGGCAACAUGGAGACAAAGCCAUUCCACACUAACGGCAUUUGCUGCAAAUUGGACAGGUGAUGAAUCACUAGCAAAAUCAGCAUGGGAGCAAUUCUUCCAUAGCGAUGGAUUUGUUCAAUCGCACGAGUGGUCAAUUACACAAAUUGGGCCGCCAGACUCCCCCAGUGAGGCGGAGGAGGCUAAAUGGAUUAGUACCAAUGAGGCCGCUCGCUAUGGGGUUUCUGCGAUUUCAAACCUUGCCAAUAUUCGCAGCUAUCUGGCUUAG